CUCUCUUGCCCUGGCUGAUCCCGAACGCAUGAGUCUACAGCAGCUCACGGAGGUUUUCUUAGUGUGUUUUAAAGUUUGUUAAAGUUCUUGUGAUCAUCUUGGUUAUCUCGGAGUCUACGAGAAGCAAAGAAUAAAAUGGACCGUAGAAGCAGCUAUCAACAAAUCGAUCACUCUCCAGAGAGUGAAGGCGAAGAUGAAGAAAGAAAUAUUAAUCGCGAUGAAACGCCACUUGAUUCUGGUGUUAUAAUUCACGUGGUUCCAGAAAAUGAAAAAACUAGGUGGAAUCACAUCGAAGACUUGGAUUCGUUCUUUUCGACGAUGUAUCAUUACCACCAAAAACAUGGAUUCGCAUGUAUGAUGCUUCAAGAAAUUUUAGAACUUGGGCAAUUUAUUUUUGCCAUCAGUUUUUCAGUAUUUCUCUUUCAUUGUAUUGAUUAUUCUAUACUAUUCAAAGAUCGAAUUUCCGCCAAUACUGGCAAAACAUCUAUUAGUGAUGCUAUACUGCCGAUUAAGGAAUGCUUAGCAAGUAUGGGCUUAGUAACUUGGAUUUCUAUUGCUGUAGCCAGUAUAUUCUGGCUUCUUCGUUUAGUGAAAGUGCUUUAUCAUUUCGUACAGUAUUGGAAUAUCAAAUCUUUUUUUAAUGUUGCGUUGAAAAUUAGUGAUAAUGAUCUAGAUAACUGGACGUGGCACGAAGUUCAAAAACGGAUUAUUGAAGUUCAGAAAGAAGAAGAAAUGUGUGUCCAAAAAAAAGAGCUUACAGAACUUGAUUUUUAUCACAGAAUAUUGAGAUAUAAAAAUUAUUUAGUAGCAAUGAUCAACAAAUCUCUUCUUCCUAUACGUCUAAAUAUUCCUUUAUUUGGAGAUAUUAUUUUUAUGACUCAAGGAUUAAAAUAUAAUUUGGAAUUAUUGUUGUUUUGGGGCCCAUGGUCACCGUUUAAGAAUAACUGGCAUUUAAAAGAAGAUUAUAAAAAGUUAAACGAACGUCGAGCACUUGGGAGAUCGCUAUCUAAGUAUAUUUUAUGGAUUGGAAUUGCAAAUUUCGUACUGUGUCCUUUGAUACUUCUUUGGCAGAUUCUUUAUUCUUUUUUUAACUAUGGUGAGCUGUUAAAAAAUGAACCUGAAGCUCUUGGAACUCGCAAGUGGUCGUUGUAUGGCAAAUUGUACUUACGUCAUUUUAAUGAAUUAGACCAUGAAUUGGACGCCCGGUUGAAGCGUGCAUACCGCCCAGCCUCCAAAUAUAUGAAUAUGUUUACAUCACCGUUAGUGACAGUCGUUGCAAAGAAUAUUGCCUUCAUUUUCGGGAGCAUUUUUGCUGUGUUUCUAGUAUUAACAUUAUACGAUGAAGAUGUUUUAACAGUGGAACAUGUUUUAAUGAUAAUGACAGUUAGUGGAAGUGUCGCAGCUAUAUGUAGAUCUCUUGUACCUGACGAAAAUCUUGUUUGGCGCCCUGAAAGCUUACUGACGGCGGUUCUCGCGCAUACACAUUAUCGUCCAGAUAGUUGGCAAGGACAAGCUCAUAAGCAAACUACGAGAACUCAAGUAGCUCAACUUUUUCAAUAUCGCGCAGUUUAUUUACUUGAAGAAUUGUUAUCUCCUCUUAUAACUCCUUAUAUUUUAUGUUUUCAUUUGAGACCGAAGGCCUUAGAUAUUGUAGAUUUUUAUCGCAAUUUCACAAUUGAAUUAGCAGGCGUAGGUGAUGUAUGUAGUUUUGCACAAAUGGAUGUAAGAAAGCAUGGAAACCCGAUGUGGCAAACACUUCCACAAAAUAUCUUUCAUAAAGCAUCUGCAAGACCAAAAUCUAGUGAUAUUAAAACAGGAAGCAUAAAUGAAGAAAUUCCUUUGUAUUUUCAUAAAUAUACUCAAGCUGAAGAUGGAAAAACUGAACUUUCGUUAAUACAUUUUACUCUAACAAAUCCAGAAUGGAAACCAUCUAUUGAAGCUGAUAACUUUCUUGUUGCUUUACGAGAAAGAGCUGAAAGGGAAGCCACAGCUGUCCAGUCGAAGAAUAAUCCACUUCAUGCCUGUCUGAGUAGUAUGACUAGCUUAGGACCUGAGUAUCAGGAUAUAGUUUCAAAUAUUCUCAAAAGCCAAAUAUCAAAUAAAGCCAGUAUGCAAGCAGUAUAUCAACCCGCAAGAUUGACAUCACAUACCUCUUUUAAUGAACAAAAUUUAUCUUCAACAAGUGGUAAUACUUUAAUUCGACGCAACGUUAGCAGAGCUGAAGGUCCAUUACACAUAGGCGAAAGAGGCCUAUUAUAUAAUUUACAAAAAGCGAUUAGUGGUUCCCACCGGUCUUUUAAUACAUCUGCAUUCGGCUCAGGACGGCAAAAGAUGCAUACCACGCAACAGACUGCACCACCAGAACUAACCGCAGUCGAUAUGUCCUUAUCAACAUUAUAUCUCCACGAAAUUCACCACAAGAAGAUUCUAAUGCUAAGUCAACUCAAGACAGCGAAUGAAAAUUUACGGCAGCGAAAUUCGCUCCAAAAUCUGACAGCAUUACCGAAAACAGGACAAGAACGUGCUCCAUUGCUCUCACACUCAGAUUCUUCGCUGAGGAGUACAACUAGAUAGUUUGCAUCUGAUUUAACAUCUACUGGAUGAGCUCCAGUGAAAAUCAGAUAAUGUUUAGAAUUUCCAAGGAAAUUAUGCAUACCAAAAUCACAUUUUAUUAGCAGAUGAUUUUUAGAUUCAAAUCAUAUAGUUUUGUACUUUAAAAAACAAUUUUUUACGCAUUUGAUUAUCGGAUAAUUUCUAUGUAAAAAUAAUGUAGCCAUUUAUUUUAA